AUGGACCAAGAUGCACUGAUGCUCAGCAACGAGUCGGGAUUUCAAACUGAUUGGAAAAGCCUCUAUCACCGAGAUGCGCUGCUAUGGGCGUCUCACGAAUAUGAGGCAGAUUUUAUAAUGAAGCCACUGGGGAAGCUCGUAUUUUGCCUGGCGAGACAAUUUAAUCUCUCGCCGGCAAUAGAAUUUACAACCAUCGAUACGCUGGAGCUGCUACUGGUACGCGCCUUCCAGAGCUGGAUGAAGUCAUCGCCGGAGUCGCUGGAGCGCAACCAAUCUGCCUUUUUGCACCAACUCCCAAUGUACGUGGUGGCCGUAGUUGACAUCGUUGCCAAGUACAUACACAUUGGAAUAAAGUUGGAUCUAACGGCUCUGAAGCGAGCGGCCAAAGUGAGCGAUUCCAGCACAAACAUGCUGGCAGUGGAGUUUGAGGUUAUUAAGAUUUUGGACACCGAGCUCCGAUCGUCCCUGCUAUUGGGCGCAUUUGAACGUUUUUCGAAGCAAUAUCUAACACCGCUGCACAUCGCAACUAAUGAAAGCGUAUGGAACAUUGGACUGAGGCUGUUACGUUUGGUCACCGCAGAACGAACACUCAUCUACAAUAGCCUAAAGACAUCGAUGAAGGACAACGAAUGCUUUCGACGCUUCAAAUCCAACAAGCUGAUUCUGGCGGGUGCGAUCAUCAUCACCGUGCUGUACGUUAUACCGGCAACGCGCCACAGCAAGGCAAUCCUCGACAAAGUCAUCGAACCGCUCGCUGACGAUUGCUGCGUACAGGCAACGAAUCUGAUCUAUCUCCGGGACGCAGUGUUGCGUGUUAUACGCGGCCCCUGA